CUCCCUGUAUUAUGCCUGAGGCUGCUUUGAAAACGUCUUUACAAAAGUCGAGACCCAGCCUGACACAGAAGAGCUGUAUACACCCAACCAUGUCUACAGAGAUGAUGAUGCAGUCCUGUCUCAUGGACCGGAGCAGCAGCUUUUUUAAGCUGAUUGACACAUUCUCCACGGAGAUCUCGGAGCUAAAGCAGGAGAUGGUUCAGCCAGCCAGAGAGCCAGAGACAGAGAUCUUACAGGGUCUGGAAGGAGAGGUCAGUGGUCUUUUCCUUCAAUCUUCUGCCUGCGCUGGUGCACCUGGAGUGAGGGAUUCUGGGUAUGACUCUCUACGCAGACGCAUGAGCAUCCUGGACAGACUGAUGCAGACACACUCUGUAUGGUUGCUACUGUCACUCAGCGAUGAGGAAGCCAGACGCAUUCUGCAGCCGCAGCCGGCAGGGAGUUUUGUGGUGAGGAGGUGUUAUAAACUGCAGAAAAAGGUGAUUUCCCUACGUAUGGACAGUGACACACUGAUUGUUCGGGACUUCCCAGUUAAAGAGAGUCAAUAUACUUUUUCCCUGGAGGGCUCAGGGAUCAGCUUUGCAGACCUCUUUCGACUGGUGGCGUUCUGCUGUAUCAGCAGGGACGUUCUGCCCUUCACACUGAAGCUGCCUGAGGCCAUUGCAGCUGCAAAGAUCCCUAAAGAUCUGGAGGAGGUGGCUCAGUUAGGAAGAGGUUUCUGGGACUCUGAACUGUGCAAUAAGAGGAAGUCUUCUGUGUCUGGGGAGACUGUUUGUGAAAUUUCACAACAAAGACUGAAACAGUGGUUAUCCCCAAGAGUUCCGGCCAUCCCAUUCACUCGGACCCCUUCUGAACUUGAAUGCAGUCAAUCCAACGGAGCACUGUGUUUCAUCAAUCCUCUGUUCCUGCAGACACACCAAACCAACCCUUCACCUAAAAAGCAAGAAUCAUCCCCGGGAAACACAAAUCGGCAGAACGGGGAAGACAGCGUCUUUUGCCGUGCAAAAAGCACACAAAACAAAUCACAUGCAAGUGUGAGCAGAUCCAAUAGCGAGAGAUCACCACCACCUCGGCCUCCACCUCCCCGCUUUGCCGGCAGAUCAGCAGUUCUUCGCAAACAGAAGACCAUGCCUGAGACGGUCUGUUGGAUCAAAACGCCUCAGGAAAAGAGCAGCCUGCUGGGGAGGUUGGGAUCAUCCUUCAGUUCCUUAUCGCCCUCAUCCUCCCCACCCAAAAAGUUCAGUAAACCCAUCCUGGUGCCCUCAUCCCGCAGUAAUAAUUCCUCUGGUCUGCUUGAUGCCGAUGGCCUCCGCUGCCACAUGGCCCUGGAUGACCAGACCAUUGAGGAAGCUGUGUCUUGGAGCCUGGCCAAGCUGUCCUCACGCAACUCCACCACCCUGGAGAACGGUAGCCCCACGGAUGAGCGCUGCUCCAGCGGACGAGAGCGUCUGAGUGACAUCAGCAUCUCCACCUCGUCCUCUGACUCACUCGACUUCACCCACAGCUUCUCACUGGCCAUGGAGGCCAGUCCCUCCAGAACCGAGCGGCCCACUGGUGACAGCAGCCUGGAGGAGGAAGAAGACGAUGGAAUCAACUUGGAGAGCGACCAGGAGGUGCCACCACCCUUCAAGUCAAAGAAGCAGAAUGGCGCUGGUACGUUUGUGCUGCCGCGUGCACUGAGAGGACAUUUGCGCAAGAUGAGUGGCGUUCUCAAUUCUCUGAUGACACCCGAAAAGAGAGCCAUUCGGAAGAUUGUUGAGCAAUCCAGGGAUAAAGGGACUUACUUUGGCUGCCUGGUGCAGGACUACGUGAGCUUCCUGCAGGAGAACUGCGGCUGCCACACAUCAGGCUUAGACCUGCUGCAGACUCUCAGGCAGUUCAUGACUCAGAUGAAGUCCUACCUGCUGCAGAGCUCAGAGCUUGACCCACCAAUUGAGUCCCUUAUCCCAGAGGAUCAAAUAGGUAAGGCUUCCUUCCUUCAGUUGCUUCCUUCUUUUGAUCUACUAUAUUAUAUAUAUAUAUAUAAUGCUGAAAUAGAGUACAUGAUGGAGUUACUGGACCCAUCACUGCUUCAUGGAGAAGGAGGCUAUUACCUGACCAGUGCAUAUGGGGCAAUGUCCCUAAUCAAGAACUUCCAGGAGGACCAGGCAGCUCGUGUGCUGAGCUCUGAAACCCGUAACACGCUGCACCAGUGGCACCGUAGACGCACAACCCAGCGUACCACUCCAUCUGUGGAUGAUUUCCAGAACUACUUGCGGGUUGCGCUGCAAGAUGCAAGCAGUGGCUGCACAGCCAAAACCCUUCAGGUGCAACCUUACGCCACAACGGAGGAAGUGUGUCAGAUAUGCGUUGACAAGUUUAAAAUUUCGGACCCGGAGAACUACGCCCUUUUCCUCUUGAUGGAUGAAACCACACAGCAGCUGGCCCCGGACACUCACCCGCAGAGGAUCAAGGCCGAACUGCACAGCCGCCCACAGCCACAACUCUUCUUCUUUGUGUACCGCCAAAUCCAAAACCUCACUGUCCCUUCAGACCAACUCAACGACAACACUGCACCCAACUGAGAGAGCAAACCUGGUUUCCAUUGGGUCCUCUCGAAACUCCUUCUCAGCCACAUUUAUUCAUCUCCUUCCUUAGGAACACUGCUAACGUCUGCAUUGUUUUGAAAAAGGGAGGGAUGCGGAAAAUGUGCUUAGAGGGAAAUAGGGAAGGAAGGAUGUGUCUGACAGAUGCAGCGUUUUUUAUGCUCCGUCUUCACUAUUUUCAAAACGUUUUGGGAAGUGGCACGAGACCAUCACGAGAGAAUAGCUGUACCCAAACUGCAAAUGUUACAGUAUGCCUGUUUAUUUCUUCAUGAAUGUUCAAACACAUUCAGGUUAGCAGAGAAACCGCAGCAUUUUAGUGUUUAUGGGUAGGCUUUGCACGUUCCAUAUUAAAUAUGCUCCAAAAUUGUGCCUUCCUCUUCCCAAAGCUCUACAUACCUCUCCUGUCUCCUAUUCCUCACCAGGCUGAGAGACUGUGGCAUUUUUUCGUAUGACUGCAUUGACUUUUAGAAAGUUAAUUCCUUCAGCAUUCCUAACAUGGACAUCUCAGUCCCUAAGGACAUUGUGGACAAUUGUUUUUUUUGGCAGUUGCUGGUAAACUGCAUUCUGUUUAUAUAUGAUUUAUUGUUAUAAUAUUGCAAGUAUCUCUGUGAUAAGACCAAUUAAAGAACCAGGCAUUGUUGCCAGUGAUGUUUUAUCAUAAUGCUUUUGUAUGAAUUAUGAUCAUUAAGUUUUGUUAAAGUCAUUAGUAGUAAUGGAGAUGAUAGAAAUGGUGAGGUUUAGUUCUAAAAUACUGUACUACUACUGACAAGCUAAACAUUUAGAGCUUGUGGUAAUCUGCAUCUCUGUUGUACUGAUUUUGAUUUUGACUUGCAGAAAAGGGGCUUUUGGCAAGUAGGACAAAUGGAAAGAUCUGUGUAAAGUAAGAAAGAAUAUGAAAAAAAGGACAUGGCUGUUGGUCAUUGGUAGAAAAUAUCAACGAACAGAAAUGGUGUUUGUGUCACUGUAAAGUGCUAUCGGAAUACCGAGAUGGAUGAGUAACAUAGAGGAGAAUAGUUCUUUAACAUUCAUAACUAUACUCAUAACCUCUGCAAUAACGUACCAAGUAUUUCAUGUUCUACUAAUGUACUAUAUGUUUGCAUGUUUUGAUGUAAACUCAGGGCAUUGUUUUUUUUUGUUUUUAAGAGACCAGGGUGCUGAAAUGUUCUAAUUCCAUGUAACAAUGAUAUAGAAACACUAGUCACAUCGAAACACAAACUAUAUGUUUCAAGUCGUGUAAUGUAUUUUAACAAGAUAUUUUAAGUCUGUUAAAUGUAUACAUAUUUAUAUGCAAUCUGUGCAGGAAUUUUCACAGAUUUGAAAAAUAUUGUGUAUUCAUUUGGAGAAAAGCUCAUCCUCAUUCUUUAGUCAGUUCUUCAUAUUUGCCUUUUUUAAUGUACUCUUU